AUGCCGAGCUCAUGUAAAGAAAUACGAGCCGCGCUGGCGCAAUGCCUCCAGGAAUCCGAAUGUGUCUUGGUCCAGCGUCACACAGCCGCCGAAUGUCUUCGCGAACCCCUCGUCAGCACCCUCCCGCUCAAGUGCCAGCAGCUCAAAAAGGGGUUUGGAGAAUGCCGCCGCGGCAUGAUUGACAUGCGCAAGCGGUUUCGGGGCAACCAGCCCAUCGCCUUCCGCCAACUCGAACAGACGGACACAACGGGCGAGGGCUAUCAGCUCUACGCGGGCAAGUCGGCUUUUGCUGGCACACGGGGUGAGACGGACGGUAACAACAAGGACCCCAAAGAUUGGAGGGAGGUAGAGAACGAGAAGUACCGGGCGGCGACUGCUGCUGCUACCGGAAAUGCGUCCAACCGGUCAUGACAACGGCAAGGUGCCCACUCACGGCAAUAAUAGGCGAGAGGGAGCGCAAUGGUAUGCUCGGGCGGUUUGCCCGCGAAACCAAAACGCCAGCCUUCCAAGUCAUGCCGGACUAAUCCGGUUGCCAGGAGUCCGGAGCUUCCGCUAGCCGGACCAAAAGGCGGAUUUAGUCACUAUAUAUUGUACAAUACAAUG